UGUCGGACUGAUGAUCUGCUCCAACAGUGUUGUCAGAAGUGUAUUGUCUUUUGGUGCGAUCGGCGGCGGCGUGGCAUACAACUUGAACGGUUCAGGAAUAGUGUUGUGGCAUUUACUGCCGGGUAUAGUGCAAUAUGUUUGGUGUUAGAGCAAUUUGUUGCUCGUUGAGUGUUUCACUGCUACUGCUUCUGCAAUUGUUCGGUAGCAGUAAUGGACUUGCUCAGAAAGAAUAUUUUACAUCGAUAGCUGGUCUUGAGAAACUUUUAAGUACCGAGGUCUUUUUGAUGUCUCAUUUGCAAUCGUACGUGGAGUCCAUGAGUUCACAAUUGGAAAUGUUGAAGGGGGAAAUUGAAGAAAUCGAAAGAGAACACGAACUCGCUGCCAAUAAUCUAGAAGAAUACCUUACAAGUCCUGUUAAUGCAUUUCUUCUGAUCAAACGAUUGGAUACGGAUUGGGCUCUUUUUGAAGAUGCAAUCGAUAAUGGACUUGCCCGAAAAUCUUUCCUAAAAGCCGUUAAAUACACUCGUGAAAACUUGAGCUUCCCUACUGAAGAAGAUUUGACAGGCUCAGCAGUUGCAUUAGUUCGACUUCAGGAAACUUAUCAGCUCGAUGUUUCCGAACUAUCUGCUGGUAUUCUGAAUGGUGUAAAAUAUGGAUCACCAAUGUCUUGGCAAGAUUGCUUCCAACUUGGUCAGAAACUGUUUAUGUUGAAGGAUUUCAAUCACACCAUUCCAUGGUUGAAGGAGUCUUUCCAAAAACUCCAAGUACAAGAGUAUUUCAACUCGAGUGAAACAGUUGGCUUCCUUGAAAUGGUGGCUAGCUAUCAUGCUCAAAUGGGAGACUUCCAAACUGCCCUCGAUCUAAACACUAAACUUCUUGAGCUCGAACCCGAUAGAGAAUAUUCUUUGGAUUUUAGAAAAUACCUAAAGAUAAUGAUCGAACAAGGCCAUGGAUUAGUCGAGCCCGAGUUAGAAGAUGACAUUAUGAGGCCAUAUAAGCUUACGGAAGAAUUCAAGACCUACGAAAAAGUUUGUCGGGGUGAAGUCAAACAAUCACCAACUGAGGAGAGACCACUUCGGUGCAGGAACUUCCACAGAAAUGUACCGUACCGCCUCUUGAUGCCAUUCAAAAUGGAAGAAUUGAACUUAGAUCCGUAUGUGGUUGUGUUCCAUGAUGUCAUUAGAGAUGCUGAAAUCGAACCAAUUAAGGAAAUUUCUAAACCCGGUAUGACUCGUUCGCAAGUUCGUGCUAACGACGGCGAUGGAACGACAGCGACUUUAUACAGGACCAGUCAAAAUACCUGGCUGAAAUAUCAUGUUCUACCAGAAACGGAGACACUUAGCCGUCGGCUAGGAGAUAUCACUGGAUUGGAUAUGGAUGCAAAUGAAGAACUUCAAGUGGCGAACUACGGUAUUGGUGGACAUUAUGAACCUCAUUUUGACUUCUUCGAGAGAGACGACGCCUUUCAAUAUGAAGAUGGAAACAGGAUUGCCACAGCAAUAUUCUAUUUAUCAGAUGUAGAGCAAGGUGGCGCCACAGGUUUCCCAUUCUUGAAACGAGCAGUUCAGCCCAAAAAGGGAAGUCUUAUGUUUUGGUAUAAUUUGCAUAAGGACGAAGAAAAAGACUACCGCACAAAACAUGCUGCCUGUCCUGUUCUUAAGGGAUCUAAAUGGGUUGCAAAUGUUUGGAUUCGAGUGAGAAAGCAAAUGUUCACAAGGCCCUGUGGCUUAGAACCAGAUCAUGAGGUGUCCGAUGGAUAUGGAAUUAUUCGAUAGUUCAAAAGUAUUACAAAAUUUUGGUUUUAAGUCUUAUAAGUUUCGUUUUAAGAAAAAUGUAUCAUUUUUUUGAAUGGACAGUAAAAUAAAAAUGAGAAAGUAAAUAGUA